CCCCCCCUUUCGCCCGGCCCAAUGAUCCGACUGAUCGCUCCGAUCCUGGGUUCUCCUCUGGCAGGCGGCCCCGCCCUGCGGCGACGCCCCAGCGGCCGCGGCUCCGCCGGCGCCGCGGCCGAGGGAGCGGCCAGUGCCGCGCAGUUACCGGAGCGCCACACCGAAGAGCGCCGCCUCGCACGGCGCCGCCCGCGGCUCGCUCCGGGACGGCGGCGGCGACCCUGCGGCGUCGCCGCAGCCGUCCGCCUGCAAGCUGGCGUCCCCGUCCAGGCCGCUGACGGGCACCACGACGGGCGACGACUCGCUGAUGAACGCGUCGUUCUCCACGAUGAACACCGCGUCGUGGCGCGAGGAGUGGACCCCGGGCUCCACGCAGAGGCUGCGGCCCUCGCUCGGCGGCCCCUCGCGCCUGCCGCCCAUCGGCUCCGGCAAGAAGGCGCCGCCGCUGCCCGCCGCGCCGCCCCGGCUGCCGCCCGUGGACCCGGGCCCGCUGUCGCGGCUCCCGCCGAUGCCGCCGGCGCCGCCAGCGCCGGCGCCGCCGGCGCUCCUCGCGGGUCGCGAGCCCGAAGCCCUCCGCGCCCAGCCAGAGGAGAGCGACCAAUGGCUGAGCGAGGCCGCCCUGGCGGCCGUGCCGCCAGCCCUGGGCAGCAGGCGGUUCGGCGCCGGCGCCGCGCGCGAGGCCGCCGCCAACAGGCCCAUGGCGCUCGCGGCGGAGGGCGGCAGCGGAACGCCCGGCGCCUCGCAGGUGCCCUCGCCCGCGAGCGGGGCGGGUCCCGUGGGCGCCGCAGACGGCGGCGGCUCCGCGCAGCAGGGGGAGGCGGCACACGCAAAGGUGCUCGACGAGGCGGCGAUCAAGAAGGCAAACUUCUCCGACCUCGCGCUCGCCUUCAUCACCAUGGAGGAGUUUGCCUGAGCUCAAGCGGUGGUGAAUGCCGGGACGGUCGGUCCCUGCUCAGUGAGCGCCCGCGCGCGCGCAAGCGGUGCUCGCGGCCGGUGAUCACCAGGGGGGGGGGUCUGGGAAUCCAAGGGGUCGGGGGAGAGCAGCCUGGAAUCCCGCUUUGGUGGCCGGCGGGCCCGCGGCCCGUCGCGCCACGCGGCGGCACCGCUGGGCCCCCCUGGCCGGGGGGGCUCCCGCCGCCGGCCUGCGGGGGCGCCGGCUCGAUGCCGGCGGAUGUCAGGGCUCGCCGCCCUCGCCUUGGAAACGCGUAUUAUAUGCGGCGCUAUUGUAGGCGUUGCGCCUCCUGUGGAACACCUGUUCCUACCCGCCCCGACUGUAUGCGCAGGGCCAGGGGCCCUUCGCGACGCUAUUGUAGGAGCGCAUGUUUUCAGGUGCUGCGGCGUGCUGCAGCACUGCACCUUCUGCGAGCACCAGAGUCGAGCAGCGCCGUCGCGACGGCAGCCCGGCGUCACUCCUCCUCUCCAGGGACGCGAUGGAUUCCUGGUGGGCACGGCAUCUUCUUCCUUAUCUUUUUCUGUGCUCGCCUUUUUGUCCGUUCCGAUGCUCGACCCUUCCUUUGGUGCUGGUGCACCUGGUGGCGCAGCUCUCAUUGCUUGCACUUUGCGAGCUCGGCCUGAAUAGUUCUUUUCCUCGUCUUCCUUCCUUGAGAUCUGACGUCGCGAAUAAGUUCCAACGCCCGGAUCUCGGAUUGAAUCUCGUCCUGCCGCCGCACAUUGGCGGGCUGAAGUUUCCCUUAUACUUAGGUGCUUCCCUGCUGCCUUGCACGCCUACUGCGCACGUCAAGCUGCUCCCCAGCGGCCUCUGCCGCGAAGCGGCUUGGCCACAGGUCUACGUGAUUCGACGCCGCAGCUUGAGAUCGGAAACGCAUGCCAUCCAUCCUCUCGCAUCUGUGGACCUUCUCUCGCUGCCUCUCUCCUCCACCUCGCCCCCUCUGACACCAUGGCGCCGCAUUGCAGUUCACAUCGGCCGAUGUUGCCUUGUGUCGGCCCUUGGACCCUCACGCAGCGG